GUUCGGAUACUCUAUGUACGCAACCUGAUGCUGAGAACUACUGAGGAGGCGUUGCGAGACCACUUUAAUCAGCGCAUUGGAAACAUAGGAGCAGUCGAGCGUGUGAAGAAGAUACGUGACUAUGCCUUUAUUCACUUUCGUGACAGAGGUCAGGCCGCAGAAGCUCUUCGCCUCUUGAAUGGUGAGUGUUUUUUCUUUCUGCCCAUGGAAGAGCAAUGUAUUUAG